AUGACUUUAACAAUUGAAAAUUUACUCGUUGAUAUUAAAGAAGAACGAAAGAAAACAAAAGUUGAUGAAGAUGAUGAUUUCAUACUCAUUCAACAAAUAAAUAAUCAAUGGCCAAAAAUAUUUGAUAUUUAUUUUUUAUCAACAACAACACGUCUUGUUCAAUCAUCAACUAGUACAACAAGUGAUGAUGAUCUUAUUUUUUAUGUAACACGUAAAUUAGUCAAUAAUUCUCAUCAUUCAUCAGCAGCGCCAGACUAUGAUUGGGAAGAAACAACAAAUCUUAAUCUUGUUCUUCAUCAAUUUGAAUAUAUAGUAACAACAGCUGUUUGUAUUAAAACAAGUAGUAGACAUUUACAAAUUAUAAAACGUUUAUCAACAAGAGUUUAUGCAAGUCCAUCACGUCGUGAUAUGGAAAAUAAAGGAACAGAAGAAAAAAUAACAUAUCCAAAUAUUUAUUUUACUGUUGAUAAUUUUGAAGAUACAUUUUGUGAAAUGGUUGUAAAUGAAGGUCAAAUCGUAUGUGUUGAAUUAGUAGCUAAAAAUCCUGUUUUAAAUGAGUUAAAAGUUUUGUUUCUUGGUUCUAUUAAAUAUGAGGCUUUAAAAAAAGUUUAUGAUCUUCGAGCUACAACAAGUACUCGUGUUGCUCAACGUAUGUCAUUAGGAAUGUAUACAAAACGACGAAUGGAAUUUGUUCGAAUGCGUGGACCGAAUGGCAAAGGUCAUGCAGAAAUGGCUGUUAGUCGAUAUCAAUCAAUGCAAUCUGAAAUAACAACUCCUGAAUCUAUUCCAACAACACCAACAACAACUACAUUUGAUGAAGAAAAUUACAAUCAACGUCGUACAGUUGAUAAUAGUUCAGUAAGUCAAUCUCUUCUACCAACAUCCAAACAACAACAACAGCAGCAAAGUUCAUCUAAUUCACCCACACCGGAAGUUGAAUCAACAGAUAUUCGACAAGAACUAUCUGAUGAUGCAAGUGGCUUUCUUGGUCGUACAUUAAGUCAUGCAAUGAAUUGGAUGCGUGGAUCAAAUUCACGUCUUAAUGAAUCUAUGAAAAAUCUUCCAUUACAAACAUGUCUUACAUAUUUAACAUUACCUUGUCAUUUAAUUGUUAAAGAUAUUCUUGAAUCGAAUUCAAUACCUAUUCUUACAGUUCAAUAA